AGGUUGGGUUCCCUGUUUUCGGAACGUGUGGAAGAUUGAAGACCAAUGAUAUUCGGGUAAAUUUGCAAAACUGAGUGUCUCAAAUUACUGGAGUCAAUACUGGAGUGGUUGGCUCGCGUUUUCUGCGUCGUCCAUGGCGUUUUCUGCAACAUUCUUCACAUCUUCAUCUCCUUCCCUUACACUGUCUCGCAAAACCCAUAGACCCUUUUGCACUCGAACUUCUAAUUUUCUUAGGCCCCUUACAGUCAGGGCCUCAACUACUCUGGAUUACUCCAAGGCGUCGGUGGACGAUAAGAUACCGAACCCAUCAAAGACUAGUAACUGGCAAUGGAAAUAUAAGGACGAUUAUGUUAACAUCUAUUAUGAGGAGCAUGAAAGGGAGAGCUCUGAUCCUCCUAAAAAUAUCCUAAUGAUGCCAACCAUUUCUGAUGUUAGUACUGUUGAAGAAUGGAGAUUAGUGGCAAGAGACAUUGUUCAACAAGUUGGAGAAGUCAAUUGGCGAGCCACUAUUGUAGAUUGGCCUGGUCUGGGUUACUCUGAUAGGCCGAAGAUAGAUUACAACGCCGAUGUCCUGGAAACAUUUCUUGUUGACUUCAUCAAUGCUCCCAAUAGCCCAAUAAGUGGCUCAGGGAAUAAUUUGGUGGUCUUUGGAGGAGGGCAUGCAGCAACAAUUACAGUUCGUGCUGUGAAAAAGGGUUUGGUGAAACCAACAGCCAUAGCUGCUGUUGCGCCUACAUGGGCUGGUCCCCUUCCUAUUGUGUUUGGUCGAGAUUCUAGUAUGGAAACACGGUAUGGAUUGCUUAGAGGCACCUUAAGGACCCCUGCAGUGGGAUGGAUGAUGUAUAACAUGCUUGUCAGUAAUGAAAAGGCAAUUGAAUCCCAGUACAAAUCCCAUGUCUAUGCCAAUUCUGACAAUGUUACUCCAGAAAUUGUCGAAAGCAGAUACGCACUAACAAAAAGAAAGGGUGCUCGAUAUUUGCCUGCCGCUUUCUUAACCGGUCUACUUGACCCUGUUCAAUCUCGUGAAGAGUUUCUUGAACUAUUUGCAAAUUUGGAGGGGAAGAUACCUGUGCUGGUUGUGUCAAGUGAAGGAUCUCCAAAGAGGUCAAAAGCAGAGAUGGAAGCUCUCAGGGGAGCAAAAGGAGUGAGCAAGUUUGUAGAGGUUCCAGGAGCUCUUCUUCCGCAGGAGGAAUAUCCAGCGAAGGUUGCUGAGGAGCUUUACCGAUUUUUGCAAGAAAACUUUCAAUCCGAGGUUUAAGACUAGUUUGUUCAUGGUUUUCUUGUUCCUUACUUAACACCCAUGGUGAAAAACUUUGUACAAGAAUUUGCAUACAAGUGAACAUUGUGGUACAAUAGAUGAUUAAGCUCUGUAUUUGUGUUCGUUCUCAUAGAAUGGGAUGCAUAGUUUGAGAUCUCUGCAAGAAA